CUGGAGCGCGGUGCUAGCUCACGCGUCCUUACAUUCCAAAGAUAAUCUUUAAGUACCUUUGUUAAACUAUUCUCAACUCACGCUGAGUUUCUAAAAAGACAUUUGGAAACACCUGGACACUGCUUUGGGUUGUAUAAUUGUUUUUCUUUUGCACUUUAAAUACUUUUUUCUAUUCUGCCACUUCUGUCCAUUCCACAGACCUAAAAUAUUCAGGUUGUGUAUGUAACGUAUUUUUUUAUUACUUUGAAUAGACCAAAGCAGCAGCAACUUACUUUUGCACAUUUAGUUUUUUAUUCGCAACGUUUAGUUUCACGCCAAAUAGUUCGACAAUGGCAGGUUUGAAUUCUCUGGACGCGGUUAAGAGAAAGAUCCAGUGUUUGCAACAGCAAGCCGACGACGCAGAAGACCGAACACAGGUUUUACAGAGAGAGCUGGACGGUGAACGAGAACAUCGGGAAAAAGCUGAAGGAGAUGUAGCGGGUCUGAACCGCAGGAUCCAGCUGGUGGAGGAGGAGCUGGAUCGGGCCCAGGAGCGGCUCUCUACCGCGCUGCUGAAACUGGAGGAGGCUGAGAAGGCAGCGGACGAGAGUGAGAGAGGUAUGAAGGUGAUAGAGAACCGGGCCAUGAAGGAUGAGGAGAAGAUGGAGAUCCAGGAGAUGCAGCUGAAGGAGGCGAAACACAUCGCUGAGGAGGCCGACCGCAAGUAUGAGGAGGUGGCCCGCAAGCUGGUGAUCCUGGAGGGGGAGCUGGAGAGGGCAGAGGAGCGGGCUGAAGUCGCAGAACUGAAAUGCAGUGACCUGGAGGAGGAGCUGAAGAAUGUGACCAACAACCUCAAAUCCCUGGAAGCUUCGUCUGAGAAGUACUCAGAAAAAGAGGAUAAGUAUGAGGAGGAGAUCAAGGUUCUCAGUGACAAGCUGAAGGAGGCGGAAACUCGUGCUGAGUUUGCAGAGAGGACUGUGGCCAAACUGGAGAAGUCCAUCGACGACCUGGAAGAAAAAUUAUCAAGUGCCAAGGAAGAGAACCUGGGAAUGCAUCAAGUCCUGGACCAGACUCUGCAGGAGCUGAACAGCUUAUAAAGAACACCAAUGACACACAGGGGAACAACGUCUCUCAACAUUCCAUAAAUAUUCCAUUUCAUUCCAUGUUCUGAGCUGUAAAAGCCUAAUUCCACGCGAAUGGCAAUUAACUUAAUACUUUUACCUUUUUGUAUUUUUUUUUUCUUUUAAGGCACCUCUUUUCUCUCUCUCUCUCUCCUCUUACGAGAAAAUGCUGCGUUGUUCCACCACCUCUCUCGGAUCUCUUUUAUAUGCUUACGUAUGUUUACAGCAUGUUCCUGUCUGGAAAGUUCCAUUUCCUUCAGAACAUCUUUAGGGAGAAUGGACUAUGCCCAAGUUUACAUACUGUACACCUCUCUGAGCCAUUAGUCUGUGUUUUGUGUGUCGUCAAACUUGUAGCGUGGCUCCUGAGCACCACCUUGUGGUUGGCAGGUGAACAGUUCAUGGGAAGUAAAAACCAGGUGAACCGUCACUUGUGAGUCUGUUAAAGCUCCAAAGUGAGCAAGGCCUGCUUGUGUGUGUGUGUGUGUGUUUAAACAUGGUCACCAAGACAACCUAUGCCCCUAAAUGUCAAACAUGUUAACAUGCUAAUAGCAAUAUUCAAAUAUAAACCCAAAUAAGAACCACUGGAGACUCAGUUAAGUUUGUGACAAACCAUGGAUACUUAUUGUAUAUAGUAGAAUGUUAGUUAUGGUUGAAGAUAUGCUGUGUUGCUCUAGUCUUCCACCACUUUACAGGAGGACACUCCAAAAACCAAGAAUACACACACACUCACACACCAAAAUGUCAUGCCUUUAUGUGAAGGUGACCAACGCAAAUUUUUUGUUACUGACGGAAGUCAAAGUCUUGCAUUCGAGACAGUUCCAUUGUUUUAUUCCAGCUUUAUUUCCAGCUUUCAAUCUAAUAAAUUUGUACAAAAUACAA